AUGGAAAAGUUUUUGGCAUCAUCGGAGUAUGCAGAGUUCAAAGAAGAAUUUAAAAAAGAAGUCGUGAAGAAAUGUGUCAUCAAAAGAGUUAUAGAGGAUUUGGCAAAUUAUAUACGAGCAGUGGAUGAGUCUGUUGUGAAAUUUCAUGCUCAAAAAAUGGAAGAAAUCAACGAGGUGUUGAGUUCUUUAUGGGAACAAGUAUAUCACGGCAAUGAUAUUGAAACUAUACAGAUCAAAUCUGAAAGCGCUGGCGAAAAUGAAAAAAAGAAAUCAUAUAAUUAUCGCGUGGUAAUGUAUGUUGGUGGCACUGAAAUAGAUAUGCCGGGAAGAUGUAGUGCCGGGCAGAAGAUGCUUGCGUCGAUAUUGAUACGAAUUGCACUAUCAGAUGUCUUCUGCGACAAAUGUUCGAUAAUUGCGCUUGAUGAACCAACUGCAAAUCUGGAUGUGUUGAAAGUAAAAAAUUUGGGCGAUAUGUUGGCAGACAUUAUUUCGGCUCGAUGUGCAAACAAUGCUAAAAUGUUCCAACUUAUUGUCAUAACGCAUGAUAACCGUUUUGUGGAACAUCUUCGACAGUUAUGUCGACCGGAAUGGGUUUACUCAGUGUCAAAGGAUGAUGCAGGUUUAUCACGGGUGAAGCGCCAUCGGAAUUUAGAGGAUGCAACUAUGCGUGAAGGAUAA